GUGUGAGGUCAGGGCGCUAAGCUAGCUGGAAAUCCUCUGUGGCUCCGCCCCUUGUAGUCAGCGCUCCGGCCCGCGCUCAGUCUCGCGCCCUCUCUCUCUUUCCCCCCUGUGUGUGUGGAGCUGCAGACAUGGCGGACGAGCAGCAGCAGUUCUAUUUGCUCCUGACUAACCUGCUGAGCCCAGACAACAGCGCCAGGAAACAGGCCGAGGAAGCCUAUGACAGCAUUCCUGGGCCUUCCAAGAUUACUUUCCUUCUACAAGCAAUAAGAAAUGCUGGUGCUGCCGAAGAGACUAGACAGAUGGCAGCUGUCCUACUGCGGCGUCUCCUAUCGUCAGCGUUUGAAGAAGUUUAUCCAUCCUUGCCUACUGAUGUCCAGAAUGCUAUUAAAAGUGAAUUAUUACUUGUCAUUCAGCUGGAGUCUCAGUCCACCAUGAGGAAGAAGAUCUGUGACAUUGUUGCAGAACUUUCUAGGAAUUUAAUUGAUGAUGAUGGCAAUAAUCAGUGGCCAGAAGCAUUAAAGUUUUUAUUUGAUUCUGUGAGCUCUCAAGAUGUUGGAUUGCGUGAGUCUGCCCUGCAUAUCUUCUGGAACUUUCCGGGUAUUUUUGGAAAUCAGCAGCAACAUUACUUAGAAGUAAUUAAGAGAAUGCUUGUCCAGUGUAUGCAGGACCAGGCUCACCCACAGAUCGGGACACUGUCUGCCAGGGCGGCUGCUGCAUUUGUUCUAGCCAAUGAACACAACGUUCCCUUACUAAAGCACUUUGCGGACUUAUUACCAGGUGUCCUUCAGGCUGUGAAUGAGUCGUGUUAUCAAAAUGAUGAUUCUGUUCUGAAGUCACUUGUGGAAAUUGCAGAUACGGUUCCCAAAUAUUUGAGGCCCCAUCUGGAGGCAACUUUGCAACUAAGUUUAAAGCUUUGUGCUGACACAAGCUUAAGCAACAUGCAAAGACAGUUGGCACUUGAGGUUAUUGUCACCCUGUCGGAGACAGCUGCUGCUAUGUUGAGGAAACAUACAAGUAUUGUUGCUCAAGCAAUACCACAAAUGUUGGCAAUGAUGGUAGACUUAGAAGAAGAUGAAGAAUGGUCAAAUGCUGACGAGUUGGAAGAUGAUGAUUUUGACAGCAAUGCUGUAGCGGGUGAAAGUGCCUUGGAUAGAAUGGCUUGUGGUUUGGGUGGAAAGAUUGUGCUCCCCAUGAUUAAGGAACAUAUCAUGCAAAUGCUACAAAACGCUAACUGGAAAUACAGACAUGCUGGUCUUAUGGCAUUAUCAGCCAUUGGAGAGGGUUGCCACCAGCAAAUGGAGAGCAUCCUUAAUGAGAUGGUCAACUUUGUGUUACUUUUUCUCCAAGACCCUCAUCCAAGAGUACGGUAUGCUGCAUGUAAUGCUAUUGGGCAGAUGGCUACCGACUUUGCCCCUGCCUUCCAGAAGAAGUUUCAUGAAAAGGUGAUCGCAAGCCUGCUUCAGACUAUGGAAGACCAAGCUAAUCCCCGUGUCCAGGCCCAUGCAGCUGCUGCACUUAUCAACUUUACGGAAGAUUGUCCAAAGUCAUUGCUUGUUCCUUACCUGGAUAAUCUGGUUAAACACUUGCAUUCCAUUAUGGUCGUCAAAUUGCAGGAGCUGAUUCAAAAGGGAACAAAGCUGGUCCUGGAACAAGUUGUGACUUCAAUAGCCUCUGUUGCAGACACAGCCGAACAAAAGUUUGUCCCUUAUUACGAUUUGUUUAUGCCAUCCUUGAAACACAUUGUGGAAAAUGCAGUGCAGAAAGAGCUUCGGCUUCUCAGGGGGAAGACUAUUGAAUGCAUCAGUCUUAUUGGGCUGGCUGUAGGUAAAGAAAAGUUCAUGCAAGAUGCAUCAGAUGUAAUGCAGCUUCUUCUAAAAACUCAGACUGACUUCAGCGAAUUGGAAGAUGAUGAUCCUCAGAUUUCAUACAUGAUCUCUGCUUGGGCACGCAUGUGCAAAAUUCUUGGGAAGGAAUUUCAGCAAUACCUCCCUGUGGUCAUGGGUCCUCUUAUGAAAACUGCAUCAAUUAAACCAGAGGUUGCUCUCCUUGACACUCAAGACAUGGAAAGCAUGGGUGAUGAUGAUGGAUGGGAAUUUGUUAACUUGGGGGAUCAGCAGAGUUUUGGUAUUAAAACUGCAGGACUUGAAGAAAAAGCAACUGCAUGUCAGAUGUUGGUUUGUUAUGCUAAAGAACUAAAGGAGGGCUUUGUUGAAUAUACGGAGCAAGUUGUAAAACUGAUGGUCCCUUUGCUUAAAUUUUACUUUCAUGAUGGCGUCAGAGUUGCUGCUGCAGAGUCCAUGCCAUUGCUGUUGGAAUGUGCUAGGGUCCGUGGCCCUGACUACCUGACACAAAUGUGGCACUUCAUGUGUGAUACUCUGAUCAAAGGGAUAGGAACCGAGCCUGAUUCAGAUGUGCUUUCAGAGAUUAUGCACUCUUUUGCUAAGUGCAUUGAGGUUAUGGGAGAUGGAUGUUUAAACAGUGAACACUUUGAAGAGCUUGGAGGAAUCCUCAAAAGCAAAUUAGAAGAGCACUUUAAAAAUCAAGAAUUAAGACAAGUAAAAAGACAAGAUGAAGACUAUGACGAGCAAGUGGAGGAGUCCCUGCAAGAUGAGGAUGACAAUGAUGUUUAUAUUUUGACUAAAGUCGCUGACGUUUUGCACUCGAUAUUCAGCAGCUACAAAGAAAAAGUGUUGCCGUGGUUCGAACAGUUACUGCCAUUAAUUGUUAAUUUGAUUUGUCCUCACAGGCCCUGGCCAGACAGACAGUGGGGUCUCUGUAUCUUUGAUGAUAUAAUUGAACAUUGCAGUCCCACUUCCUUCAAAUAUGCAGAGUACUUUCUAAGACCCCUGCUUGAAUCAAUCUGUGACAACAGUCCGGAAGUCCGGCAGGCGGCUGCUUAUGGUGUUGGCGUUAUGGCUCAGUUUGGUGGAGAUAACUAUCGUCCUUUCUGCACAGAAGCUCUUCCGCUGCUUGUUCAGGUUAUCCAAGCUGCUGAAUCCAAAACCAAAGAGAAUAUUAAUGCAACAGAGAAUUGCAUUUCAGCUGUAGGAAAAAUAAUGAAGUUCAGGCCUGAUUGUAUAAACGUGGAGGAGGUCUUACCCCACUGGGUAUCAUGGCUACCACUGCACGAGGACAAAGAAGAAGCAGUUCAUACUUUCAAUUUUCUCUGUGACCUUAUUGAAAGUAAUAACCCUAUUGUGUUAGGACCCAACAAUUCAAAUUUACCCAAAAUAUUUAGUAUCAUAGCUGAUGGCGGUGUUCAUGAAUCUAUUAAAACUGAGGACGUAUGUGGCAAAAGACUUGCUAAUGUUGUUCGACAAGUUCAGGCCUCUGGAGGACUGUUUACAGAAUGUGUUGCACAGCUUACUGCUGUUCAGCAGAAAGCUUUACAAGAUCUCCUUAGCACCGUGUGAGGGCCUCAUACCAUUUCCAUAUAUAUCAGGAAAACUAACAUCAGACUUACCUCUUCUGUUUAGGUUUUUUUUGUUUGUUUUGUUCCCAGCAAAAAGGAGCAGUAGUGCUUUUAGGCCGUUUUUCUGCAGGCUAAAAGACUGGGAGGAAUAUAAACCAUUCUCCAAACUGAACUGUGAGAGAAAAUAAUCUAUUCUUUGAAGCAAGAUGCUUUCCUGCUGGCCUACAGAUUAACUUUUAAAGGAUUCUUUCCUUUCUGUCUCCAGUUUUCCAACAUAAGUGGUUAAGGAGAACUACUUUCCAUUGUCAAUUAUCAACAGUUCAGGAGUUGAGAGGGAUUUAGAUUGGUUCUAAGGCAAAUUGACUUAAUUCCUGAGUGCCCAGAGGGUCUGCAAAGCUUUUUAUAAAAUGGUACUCCCCACAUCAUUCAUUAGAAUGGUGUGGUGAGUUCAUAACUAGUAACUUAGCACGAUGUUAUAAUCGUCAAGGCAGAUUUGUCUAUAGUAUUAACGCUACUCGAGUCGAAUGGAAGCAAAUUCCUGUAUCCUGGGAAAAUAGUCGGUGUGGUAUUCAAAAUGAAAUUUUGCACAGAUUUAUAUUGGCUUAUAUAUAUAUAUUAUUUUUUUUUUUUUGGUCACCCAUUGUGCCCAAAUAAAUUGUUAAUUGAUACAGGAAAAUAUGUAGCUUCAGGCCCUUGAAUGUGAAAUGUCAUUUUGGCAUGUCUGGCAAUAUCUCCUUCACUCCUCAAUAAACAAUGAAAUACAAACACCGGAAUGUGCAUUGGUUCCCUGCUGUCUUGAAUUAAUCUUUUUGUAUAAAUGCCAUCUAGUAGCACACAUGAAAGGAGAUUUUGUAUUUUAAUAAACAGCUAUUUGCUUUU